UGUUCAGCGUUGGCUGUCGCACUCGUGUACAUGUGCAUCGCUGUCGUGUUUGUUUCAAGUGUCACGUUUCGUGCUAUUGUGUUCCCGUAGCACUUCGGAGAUGACUGAGAAUAUUUUCCUCUUCGUUCCGAACAUCAUCGGAUAUGGCCGCAUCAUAUUGGCUCUCCUGUCAUUUUACUUCAUGCCAACAAACUGUCUUGUUGCAUCAAUUUGCUAUGGAGUCAGUGCGUUUCUGGACUGCAUCGAUGGCCACGCAGCAAGAAUGUUCAAUCAAAGUACCAAGUUUGGUGCCAUGCUUGACCAGCUCACAGACCGUUGCGGCACCAUGUGCCUGCUUGUAAUUCUGGCACAGUUCUACCCGAGCUACACCUUCUGGUUUCAACUCAGCAUGGCCAUUGACGUCGCCAGCCACUGGCUGCAUCUGCACACGUCCCUUCUGUCUGGCAAGGACAAUCACAAGAACCUGGAUGCUAAUGACAACCCCAUCAUGAAACUGUACUACACCAACAAGCCAAUCUUAUUCACAAUGUGUGUGGGAAACGAGGCAUUCUAUGGUGGCCUCUAUUUGCUCCACUUCACUGAAGGUCCAUUGGUUCUUGGAUUGGGCCUCUUCAGAGCCAUGACCCUCAUCAGUGCCCCAAUAGCCAUCGCCAAGUCACUUGUAAGCCUUCUCCAGAUGCAGAUUGCUGCUGUAAACCUCGGUACCAUUGAUGUCACUGACCGCAGCAAACGCACAGAGUGAGCUGUUUAUGCACUGGUGCCACCACUGUGAAAUUAGUUCCACCAGCCACAUUGCCAAAAGAAGCGCACAGAUCACCUGUAUGGGCUCUGUCUUGCCAUGUUUCAGUUUCAACUUGAUGUUCGGAAUUCGUGUGACAUUUUGGGAAGAGGAGGCGAACAUGGGCAUAUUGUUCCUGUCGAUGCACCUGCAAUCCCCAGUACUGGUUUUGACAGGAACUCAUUGUAUCCAUUAUUUAGCUCACUGGCUGAGUCUGUUAGACUGUUGUGUAUAUUCAGUAUUGUUAAUUAGGGCUACCAGUGUAAAGCCUCCUUAUUGUCAAACAAUUAGUCAAUGUGGGGGUUGUAUCAUGUAGCAAAAAAAAAAAAAAAUCAUAGGUCAUAUCUGUUACCGCUGCAAGAUUAGCUGUGGUGCGCUCACUAAUGUGGAGUGAUGAAAAUCAUCAGCCUGGUAGGCAAUCCCUUUAAUUUUUCAUGUAUGAGGUCACACAUCACGUAUUGAUAUAACCAUUUAAAUUGAAUAUUGCAUUUUCUUCUACCAGGUGAUCAUAUUUAAGUUCUAAUAAUUCUUUUACAAUUGCCCAUGGCAUAUAGCAUAAUUAUACUCCUUGAUCUGGAUUAUUCAGAGGUGGACAUUACUUGCAUAAGAACUAAAAACAUAUAUUCACCUAAUUAAAAAAAAUUAUGAAUGAACUUAAUUACAUUACAGGACAUAUUGUAGUUUAUGAAUUGUAACAGGUGACUUUGCAAGGCGUAUCACUUAUAAUUAAUUUUCUGUAUGACACCAGUUUCAAGAUGUUCAUUGCCAAACUGUGUGAUGAAAUACAUGGGUGUUCCACUUACUUUCGUGCUUCAAUGCAUGAAGUAGCGUUUUGUUAAACAAGUAAGUAGAAAAACAGUGCAUUUUUACUGCUAGGUUGAUGGCACCUAUCUCUGAACCUAUGCCAUCCUCAAAAUUUGUUCCAAGUAGAUUUGCCUAGCAAGCUCACCGGCUACAAUUAAUAAAUUGCAGUAUGUGCCAUAAGGUAAUUAGUUCAGAAGUUAAUUAGUGAACGUUUGCUAUUUAGUUGAUUAUGUGUUUCAAUUUCUCGUUCAAGUAAUGUCGACAUUGACCUCUUUGAAUAAUCCAGCUUAUGGACUAUAAUUAUGCUAUCUGCAAUGGGCAAUAUUUUUAAAAUUCUGUAAAACUUAAAAAAUGGUCACCCUGUAUAACCUCUGCAGGUGCCAAUUAAUUAUUUUCAUUGAAAACAUUGUUUCACCACAUUUCUUACAUCUUCAGAUUCAUGAAAAACGUACAGCUUCAGAAAACAGAUAAGGAAUUUUCAAUUUUCCAGUGAGUUUUCUCAAGUUUACAGAAUGUGGACUUAGUUGUGGACUCCGUUGCAAGAAUGAGGCAAGAGAAGGCAGGAGUUUUAUCAUCCAUCCAUCCAGCUUUUUUGGUUCAGCCUCCUGUGACCAUCCUGUCUUCCUACUCACACAUUGAGGAUGAAAGGUCACCUUUUUAUUCUUCUUUUUUUUUGGUACUAUUAGCGAACACCAAUAGAUAAGCAGCUUUAACAUGUGGUGCACCACAUAGAAAUAAACAUAAAGUGAGGACUAGUGAAUACAAAAGUAAGCACAGAACACGGAGAAACAAAAUGUGUGGUACCAAUCCAUUGACUAAAUGAGAAGCUACCUUUGGUCAUCACAGUGAUUAAAUGAAGAGCAUAUAUUGGAAGGCUUAAAUGGAAUACUAUUAGAAAAUUUAAGACUGCAGUGAGGGCCUUUGGGGGGGGGGGGGGGAGUAGCAAAACAUUGUGGCAGAACAAAUAUCUCCGCAUUACAAAUUACGGGGUGUCUAGUGCCUUUGCAAAAUUACCUGAGUGACACAGAGCUUUGUUUUAUGUCAAGAUGGGCUGACACCGUGCCACCCUAUGCUGUUAAAGAUAAAAAAUGACUUAAGCCAGUUUCAAUAGUACCGAGUAUUGUUUAUUUUUAUUUUAUUCAAAAAGAAAACAGAAGGGAGGGGUUAGUAAAAUGCAUAGCAAAUAAUAUGUGAAAAAAAUGGUAAAGCCCAUUGUAAAUCGAUUCGGACAUUCUCAAAUACGAACAGAAAGUAGAUGCAUACAGAAGCAAAUAUUUUCGAAUAUGAGCUAUUUCUAUCAACUGAUAGCAAGCUCAUUGGUAAGAGGCCCAAACUUUGUCGCAAGUGAGAUUAUCUCUCAACAGCUGGUAUGUCAACCUCAACUGUCCUGACAUGCUCUCAGCCCGCGCACAAUGCCUCAGUGUUGCGUUUCACUGCUUUAAAGAGUUUAUUAUGAUUCGAAUGAGGGGCACCUGCGUCUCGGCGUCAGCCAACAAUUUGUUUUUUGAGCUCAAGCUCCUUCAAAGAAGAGGCAGCACGCUUCCUUUCCCUUUCAUUCCUCAGUGUGUAGGACCUUGGUGUUCUCGUCCUCCUUCGCCCCACGGACCAUUUGAAGCAACCUUUUGGUCAGUUGUACAGUCAACGUCCGAUUUUUCGGACGCCCUAGGGGCCGCGAGAACGUCAGAAAAAUCUGGCAGUUCGAAAAAAUGAAUCCAUGUCUUUUACUGCCCUUAAGGGCUCAAAUCGUCACAGGCAUAUCUGGAAAAGCUCUGAAGGCCUGCCAGUACACUUAUUAGGCAUAUCGGUGCUGUACUGCGAUGGGAAAUGGCAGCUGCACGCAUGUAUAAUUAACGAAUACGUACUGUGUCCCGUCAUAAUUGCCCCUUCCCACGCGUGUUAUGCUUCACUGCAAUACUUGCGCGUAUGCUUCACAGUGUAACAUUGCUGUAACGAGGCGAAGCUAUCUUUCGGGAACUGGCAUAUGCAACGCACCGUGCUUUCUGAGCUUCGAAGCCAAUCGUGAAGAUUACAAAGGUGGAGUCAGUGCCAUUGCUGACAGCGGCGAAUUCUCUCAAUGAGAAACACGGCACCGAACGGCAAGAAGCUUAAUAGUGAACUUCGAAGCAGCUAGGCCUAGCGUUUCCGCAGUAGUGGCUACAGCUGCCAGCGAAUAUGUGUGCGAGAGCACCGGUUCGAGGCGGCGAGGUAAUAAAAAUGGUGGCGGUGGUGGCUUUAAUUGAUGCCGUGUCGGACCUGCGGUCAUGGCAAAAAGUCCAGAAAGUCGAACGGUGAAGGGUUCUUGCGUGCGAAAUUUCAGACGUUCACAUAGAUUGACUCUAUGGGAGACGUGGUGGUGCCGCAAGACCGUCCAAAUUACCGGGUGUCCGGAAGGUCGAUCAUUGACUGUGCACUGGCAACUCCUCCAGCCGACGACAUGGCAUCAAAGACAAUUUGUUACGAUUCCUCUUUGUUAUUCGAGCCAGCAUUACUGCGACUUUCGUUCCCUUUAAUUAAAAUUACAGCUAAUUUUCCCUGAUAGAAGCACAGAUUCUCUGAGUUUUCCCUGAGUAUUUCCAGACUAUUCAAAAUCCCUGAGAAUUCCUGGUUUUCAUGGUUGGUAGAUGCCCUGAAUUAAAGGGCUUUUCAACUUACACCAAUAAUGUACUGAAUGCUUAUGAAGCGAUAUAAGUGAGUAAAACAAGGUUACUUUGACAAAGAGUUCACGCGAGCUUGCUUUAGCAUAUAGUAUUUGUGGAGAGCCACAGUUGCAAUUGACAUAGUGUAGGCAAUCCAAUAGAAAACUUUAGCAUUGCUGUACACCUCCACCACGCAAUAUUUUGUGGAUACAUUUCAAAUUAUGCAAAUCUACAUAUUAGGUAAUGUGGCGAAUUGGGCUUGUUGGUACAUAUCUGAAACGGUGGCGGCACGAAAGAAGGCACAGAUGGAGAUGAGACAAGGAUGAGUGCUGAACAUCCAACAACGUAAUUGUGAAUGAUUCAUGAAUAUACACGUGCUGUCCGAGCCAGGGGGAAUCAUCUGCACAUACAUAAACAUGCCAGCUCUCUGUCUGAAAGCGUGAUGGAGGCCACGCUGACACAUCCCGUCCCAAGUCUAGAAAGCCAUUCAGAUUCAGGUUCACUUCCGUUAUCAAGAAGAGUAAAAUGCGUGUGACACAGGAAAUCGCAGAAUCUGAACAGAUUCCUAGACUUCCAACAACAAUAAUGUUGUCGGAAGUUCAGCGCUCGCCCUUGUCAUCUCGCUUAUGUCCCUGUAUAUUUUUGGACUGCCACCUUUUCAACUAGGUAGAGUGAUAGAAUAUCUCGGCUUAUGCAUGACAUGUGAUGCUCAAUUCAAUUUAAUUCUGGGGUUUUACGUGCUUAAACCACGCUAUGAUUAUGGGGCAAGCUGUAGCAGGGGAUUCCAGAUAACUUUUGCCCGUCAGGGGUGCUCGAUGCACAGUACACGAGCUUUUUUGCAAUUCAUCAGUAUGCGGCCCUCUAGGCCAAGACUGUACCCCCGACCUUGUGUGCAGCUGUGGAACGCCAUAGUCGCUGAACUACCGUGCUGGGUACAUCUUAUGCGCUUGCCCACAGCCUACCUACGGUACGUCCAGAUUUUGUAAGCAUAGUCCCUUCAUCUCAUGGGCACUGUGUAGUGUCUAAACUGCGCCCCUCCAGCCAGCACUAAACUUGCAUUUAACUUGCUGCUGGCAGGACAGGCUUUCGACAGCAGUAAAUACAGGCACUGGCAGUGAACAGUGCACAGACACCAAAAGGCAUAGGCAGCAACAUGAUGCAAAAACAACAGUAAAAGUACUGAAAGGUAGGCUUGGAGUUUCUGCAGAUUCAUUGUUAAAAUAAGCAGUAUAAUAUGAGGACACAACCAAAAGCAGAAAACAGACAGCAACUCGCCUCGGCAAUUCAGGGGCUAUUGUGUUCUGCUCUUGAGCACAAAGUUAGAUUCUAUUUCUAGAUGCAGCUGCUGCAUUUUGGUGGGAGUGAAAUGCAAAAAUGCUCAUGGCCUUAGAUAUAGGGUCACAUUAAAGAUCCCCAGGGGCCAAAUUAAUCCGGAGCCGUUCACUACGGUGUGCCUCAUUACCCAUGGUGUACUUAAGGACAUUUAAGCCCUAUAAUAUUCAGAAAAUAGCACAUGCAUUGUACUCUCAACUUAAAGGGACACUAAAGUGAAAAAUGAUUUCUUCUGCAUCAGCAAAUUACAGUUCUACAACACCAAAAACACCAUUCUUACAAUGAUAAGACGUUUGGUAAGCCAGAAAAAGCGUAAGAAUGAAAUACUGGUGGCGGCGCCUACUUAAGUUCCUGCACCUGGGGGCUGUGACGUCUUGGAUUUUGAUGGCAUCUUCUAGGGCCUACUAAUUAUAUAUAGCUGUACAGAUUGACUACAUUGUGUUCUAAAGGAACCAAAUAUUAAACAUGGCAAGUUUCGGGAACCUUUAUUCAGCCAACGCGGCCCAAAUGCAAAAACAUACUUUGGAAUCCCUGACGUCACGCUGAUGUACUGGCGCUGGGGUUUCGGCACGAAAUUCAAAUACUGAUACUUAGACCUUCACUUCCUCAUCUAAUAAUCAAACAAUUCUUUUUAAAUGACUGCCUGCAGGGUUCUCAAACAAUGCUUCAUUAGUCUAAGCUGAUUUAUUGUUUCGCUUUAGUGUCCCUUUAAGUCACACACAUUAACACACAUCCACACAAAAUAAAAUUUAAUGCUAGCAAGAUUGCACUAUCUAAAUGGGGAAACAUUUUUUAAGUACUUACUGAGAUUCCAUGGAUGAAAGAAUCGCAGGAGGUGGACUAAUGCAUCAUAAGAAUAGUGUUAUGAGGGAGAUUACUAAGGCAUUUCAUCGAAAAAAUUAAAUGUGAGUUUCGUGGUUCUUUUGCAUAAGAGUCAGCCGGUCUGGGCACUGUCACAUUGCAGAAGAUAGGAAGAGGACAUAGUAAACAUAUACAUACAUUGAUGGCAUUCAAAUGACUGAACAUUUCUUUCUUGCAACUUUCUCAUUUGGGAUAGAUGGACAUUGACUGUGUUGUGAGUUUUGCACCUAUAAUGCUUAUAAAGCCUAUAUGCAUUAGGUACUGCAGGAGUCAGUCAUAUCUUUCUGCUCACAUUCAUUGUGUAGUUAUAUCCCAAGUCGUAGAAUGAAUAUCCCAAGCAGUAUUGAUUUUUAAUUUUUUUCUGACAACUUAAGACUGGGAGUUUAGAAGAACUUCUUGCUGGGCAAGUUGGUGCAUGGCUAUCAUAGGAAGAAUUGUGCUUACAAAAGGACGAAUGCAGAAAAAAUUAAACAAAGUAGAUGGAAAAAAAAAAAUUAAAUUAUGGGGUUUUACGUGCCAAAACCACUUUUUGAUUAUGAGGCAUGCCGUAGUGGAGGACUCCGGAAAUUUCGACCACCUGGGGUUCUUUAACGUGCACCUAAAUCUAAGCACACGGGUGUUUUCGCAUUUCGCCUUCGUUGAAAUGCGGCCGCCGUGGCCGGGAUUCGAUCCCGCGACCUCGUGCUCAGCAGCCCAACACCAUAGCCACUGAGCAACCACGGCGGGUCAAAGUAGACGGAAAGAGCGCAAACUAUCAGCUGGUUUUAUUCGUUUCGAAGCUGCAUAUAUAGGCAGUGUUCACAUGUGCCAAAACGGAAGUCAGGAGGACGGGGAGAUGGCAAAUGAAGCCUGCCUCAACUCAACAAAAGCUGCGAAGAAAUCGUUCCCAACCUGCAACAUGUAGCUUUUUCAUCCACUUUAAUUGCCAUUAAUUUAUCAUUUCUUUAAUUCAAUUAGUAAGUACAAGUAAUUUCCCCUAUGUAGUCCUUGACGUCUUUGUUUGUUGGCUUCUCAUGAUAUGAUUAAUAAAUAUCGGGCCCCUCGUUUAGCCCCCUUUCUUCUCAUUCAAGGUAACAGAAGUGUCACUUUCACAGUCAUUGCCCUUUUCCUUGAUCUAAAAAGCUUUUAAAAGCUCAAGGGCAUGUUUGUUCUUGCUCCUGUCUGGGAAAUGAAAGAAAUGUGCAAUGUACCAUCUUUCGUGGUGUUUGUUGGGUUGCUCUUCAAAAGAAAGUGUGUUGGGACCGUGGACACAAAGGGAUUUCUGAUGAGGCCUCUAGGGGUACUCAUGAAAAUAUUUGAACACAGCUGACUCCCCCCCCCCCCAGUCAGCUGAUGUAGAAAAGCAUUUGGAUCUCCUCCUUGUAUAUUGUAUUUAUUUUCAUCCAUUUGAGAUGGCAGUGCUGCGAAUCAGUGUUGAAAGGCAAAUAUACAGUAGUGAUUGUUUUGUCUCUGUUUUGUCUUGCUACAUCUGAAGCUCUUUGCAGUUGUUGCCUUCCCUACUCAAUUAGGCCAACGCAGUCUUUGUGGGUGAAAAGUUUUGAUAUGUACACAAGGCUUAACCAGACUAAAUGUACCCACUGUCACAGGAGACCAUGCAUUACUUUGAUGGGAAACUUGUCAUCUACACAAGUUGCAAGGGGUUCCUGAAAAAGAAAGCUUUACAUUUGGAGAAAAAAAAAAUUCUCUUCAGGAUAGAGCCUGGCACCAUGACCCUUCCUUGGUGGUUGCUGUACCAUCAGGGCUAAAUAGGAGGCUUUGUGAUGGUAAGGUGAGAGUGAAUUAAAGGGACUGACAACCGACUUUUAAGGACCCAAUUUUCUAUGGUGAAAUGAAAUGCUUAUCCUCAGAAGUGUUUAUACUGCAGCAGUUGCUCCCAAAAGCACAUAGAUAUUUUGUAAGCAGAAUUUUUUGAUCUGACAAAUCUCUUUAAAAAGAAGGGGCCCCGACACCAGCAAUGCCUAUAGCUUGCCUCGCUAAUUGAAGAAGCAAAACAAUGGGUGGCUUUUGCAGGAGUGAGUGCAACUUUGAUUAUGCAUCUUCAUUUUCCAUAUUUUGACCCCUUCGUAAAUAAAAUGCUGCUGCAAGUCUGUGGCUGCUGCAAAUCCUAGUGCCAGCCAGUGGCAGUGUUUGGAUGUGGAUGCCCAAUCUUGGAGGCCAUGGCAACCACUUUGCUACUCAUAAAUAUUGGAAGAUUUACCUGCACAUUGUAAGUAACAAAAAAAGCUUAUAAUAGAAAAAAAAUGUGUUGCAUUUCAAUAUUUAAAAAAAGAGAAAGAAGCCAUCUACACUAAUAGAACAUCACAUGUCAGGGCACCCUAUUUUUUAUCAUGCUUUUGCCACGUGAAGGUGCCAAAGAUCAUUUUUGCAAUUUUUUGUGAAGAAUCAAAAGUAUAAAUUCUCGUUUAAUGAGCAAAAGUGCUUCAUUCAGUCAAUACCAGACACAAUCUUUCAAUCAGUGGGGGCUAUCUUGAUUCAUGCUCUGAAUGGUUGUCUGUCCCUUUAACUUAAGCUUGAAGAACAGGAACAUUGAAUAAAUUAGUAUGUCUGUGGACAUUUGCAAGGCGGAGGAAUUUUCCUUAAAGGAAAAACUAAUUCACCUGAAACAUUUCAGCGGGAUGACAUUUUAAAAUUUUCUAUUUCAUGAAGCUUUCCCCCAGUGCAUUUCAGGUGUCGUGGAGUCAUUUUGAAUUUUCAGCCAGGUGCCAUUUCCAAAUUUGCAGUUUUGUACAGCUGGCAGCGUAGCAUUCAGUGCCAAUACACAAAUGAAGUAAUUUAAACCAUAUUGCUUGGAUUCGUGUAGGCGAAAGUGUUCCUAAAUAGAAAUAUAAUUCUUGGCUUGAUUCUGGUACGCCAGAACCACCUGUAUGGCAGCUGAAAAUUGCAGGCUUGCUCAGGUUUAUUUCGAUGCAUUUCACUAUUUUGUGGCAGAACUGUAGUCAUACUAAACUUUGCCAUUCAGCCUGCGCAAGUUAUUACAGGGGCAGAAGACAUGUUCAAGCAGUACCUUUAAUAACAGCAUUACAUUGUUUUAUAGAGCCAAGCUUUUGAGUGUCUGCAUUCAGGCAGCCUCAAUUCAAUAUCCUGUGCCAGCAGGACAACUUUUCAUCUUAUACCUUCAGGUUACUAUACUUACCCGUGCAGGCAUUCCGAAGCAUUUCAUGAAUUUGUUGGCUGAUGCAGAAAGUUCUCCCAGAUGGCAGUGCUGAGCUUAACUUAGACAAAGGUGUGGAUUGAAUGGCCAGAUUUUUCUUUCCACAGCUGCUUUGUGGGCUAUGAGGGAUGCUGCAAUGGGGAGCUGUAAAUUAAUAUAUUGACUGUGUGUGGUUCUUUAACUUGUUCAUAAAUUUAGGUUCAUCUGGUUGUUUUCUUUUCCACUUCCAUCAGAAAAAAUCUCUUCAUGUUAAGUGACAAAAUGCCAUAGCCACCACAAGUAACAAGUUUUGACUAAAAGAGAUUCUCUUUUACUGUGGACAGCAGUUAUAAGUUAUGCUAUGGGCUGAAUGUGCUUUUGUUCAUCAUGCAUUGGUUCACGUAUGGCACAAUGUAACAUUUAAAGUAAGGUAAUAAAUUCAAGCUAGUAUAUCUGGUUCAAAGAAAUUAUCGUGUGUUUUCGAACAAGAAAUUUGACCACUAAAACACUGCUAUUUCGUGUAAGUUAACAGACAGACACUUGCAUGAGGUGUUAACAAAUGGUGGCAGCUUCUUGUUAGGCUUGUUUGGACCUGGACAGAGAUCAUCAAUACAGUUUGAACUGUAUUUAACUCGGAGGGUGCAAGACCCUGUGCUAUCCUCUUCCAACUUGCUAGGCAGGUUGAAAUGGUGUCCACCAGCUUAGUCAUCUUUGAAACGCCAGUUGCAAUAGGCUCAUUAACUGAGGUGUUAACUGAAGCCCGGUGCCUGCAGUGUUGGUACACACUGCACUGCGGUGUUUUCUUCCUUCAUUCCGUUACUGUUCAUUGCCACGCUGUUGGUAAGAUUUGCAGGUUUCCAAAGAAAAUGCACAAAAAGAUGCACUAGAAGUAAAGGCAAACUCGACGAAGGCCACCUUGCGUAAGACUUGCUUAUUGCAGAUCUUGUAUGUCUUGCAUGCCAGUGGAUGAUGCUGCGAACAGCGUGUCUGCAGCAUGAGAACCAAAUAUUGUAUCUUAAUUUUAUUAACCUUUCCUAUGACAGUAUGAUUCACAUGCUACCAUCUUGGAUGCUAAUGUCUUGUGAGCCUGUACCUGCAUGUAAUGUUCUGUCACUCUUGACUGUGCUGUGCAAACAGUGCCGCCUGUGUUCUGUUCUCUUUGCACCCACAUGCCUCUAUUGGCGUGCUUACUCAAUUCUUUAGAGCCACAAGAGCUUUUAGUGACCUAGAAAAGCUUAGAGGUUACAAGAAUUCAUUAUGUCUUGGCAGGUGUUGUAAGAUGUGUAUUGUAUAACCUUGCCAUGGUUUAAGCUUUCUGUUCAUGUGAUGCAGAAUUAGUGGUUCUGAUUGUGGGGCACAGUCGACCUCGCAUUACUGGCUUGUUUUGGAUGUGCACCUUUUGCACAGUUAAUACCUUUAAGCAGCCACCUGACCAUACAGUAGACUUUAGUUUAAUUUAGAUUCUGGUUCGAUUUUUUUAUUCAAUUCGAUGUCACCGGAGGGCACAAGCUGGCAGAAAUGCAGAUCUAUGGGAUGUGGCUUCUGUUAUCUUGAUAAAAAGAAAAUCUGUGAGGCACUUCACUUUUGAGAGCAAAAGUGUAAUCAUGACAACUGAGGGGAACACACACUUUCUCUGAUGAAUGUGUUUACACAAGUACUCUACAAUGCAUUCGUCAUAUACAUAGUGUAGACACUAUGCGUAGAGACUGCUCGUUCAUUGACAUUCCCUCUGAAAAGUGUUUCAAGUUGAUUAUUCACUGUGUUAGGAAUUCGGAUGCACGCACAAAGAGAUCCACCUUCUUACUAUUGAACAGACCAUUCUAAUGCUUGCAACAACAGACUCCAGUUCUCUAUGAAGCUUGUGCAAAGUGACAGCUCAUUGCAUCGGCAUUUUUGCUGCUGCUCAUAGCAUUCCAAUAUAUUUACAAUGCUCAGCUGUAUUCCUUGCUUUUUUUUCACCAUCACACGUAGUGUUCCAGUGCUUAAAUCUAGUUCUUUGAAGAGCAUGUGCAAGGUGGUGUGUCUCAUUGCACCAACUCUAUCUUCACUCUCCUGCAAAGUGGUGCCUCCUCACAUAAGCACCAAGCUGCAUAACAUGCUUCUAUCAUUCUAUUACUUCAAUGAAAUUGCCAAGGUGCAGUGGUUAUAACAUAUGGCUCGCAACUGAAAAGUUGCAACAGUUGGAACCAUGCCAGGAACAAAGGUCUUGUUAUCGAAUGAAGGGUUUCUUUAUAAGAAAAAGGGUUUCUUCAUAACAGACCAAAAGAAGGCAUUAUGCGUAGACCCGUUUGUUAUACAUUGAAUGGUUAUUGAUAUUAAAAUGGCACAUGUUGGAUAAUUUGACCUUGGAUGAUGUCCAUGCAUGCAGGUGCACAGACAUUGGAAGCUUUAAAGCUGCACCAGAGUGGUUCCCGAGGGCAUGUGCAGUCAGGUACAAUAGUGGCGAAAUAAAUUAAUGCCAAGCAAGAACAGGGCCUUAUACAGUACUCUGAUGGCAAAACGUGGAAAAAUAGAAGGAGAAAGAACUGUUCAUUCCCACAAGGGCAGCAUGACCAAAGGCUGUGUGCUGCAGUAGGAGCUAUAGAUAUUGUUUCACUUUCUGCGGCAGGCAGGGUGAGAGAAAUGUAGUAGAAGGAGGAGGAAAAACAUUAAAAAAAAAAAGAAAGGACAAGCAGGUGUCCUUCUACUUGUGCGUAGUAGUAGAAUGUAGUAGAAGUUCCCUCAAGAGAUGGAAUGGUACAAGGGGGGAGGAAUAGCAGUGGGAGAGUCUCCUGUCACCUGCAGCGGCUCAUCAGAUUUUGUAAACUGAUGGUAAACAACCAGAAUCCUAAUGAGCCACAAGGAUUCUGUCAGGUACCUUGAGGAUAUGUCUGCUGGAAGCUGUAUUCAAUGCCAACGUGACAGAUGUACAUUUAAAUACAUCACUGUGCAAUGUGACAUGCAAUUUAAAAGGUAUUUUAACUUGCACAGAUGGCCAUUGAUAAGUGGAUUGAGUUGGCAGACGAUGUGACGAGAUAUUUGGAUGUCAUCUCGCCUUUUCUUCUAAUUUAGUUCACAAAAUAAUUUGACUGGUUCUUGCAUUUCAUUCAGGGUCAUAAUAAUGAAAGUCAACUAUACUUGCUUAAUGUAGUUUUUAAACUGAGUUUUGUGUGUUUGCAAUGGGGACAUGCACUCCUCUGCUGGCUGUUUGUUCUUUUGCUGUCAUCUCAAACUUCAGGAAAUAUAGCAGAUUGAUUGCACAACUCCUUGAGCUACUGGAAAUCUGCAUACUUGCACCAGUAGAAGGAAUACUAACCAAAGCUGUCAGCUGGUCUUUCAAGAGAUUUGAUAAGACAUCCUUGUGUUUUGAAAACAUCCCAUGCACUAUGAAUGUGCACACCAAAGGUCAUAUUUAUCAAACACUUGUGUUUACAAUGCACCUUUAAAUGUGUUAAUUUUUUUUUUCACAUGGUGAAUCUUUUUUUUUUAUUUUGGUCCUUAUUGACUUAGAAUGCUGUCAACUGUGUUCAAUGCUGACUUUCACUGCACUAUUGUAUUUAUUGCUGGCAAACUUAGCUCACACGUAAUGGUUGUGCACAUCUUUGUACGUAAUCAGUUUUUGUCAAGUGCAAUACUGUAGUGAUGCUAUCAGUGCGUUUUUUUUUUUGCUCCUCAUAUCAUGUUUGUGUGGCUUCAAGUUUCCUAAUUUUGGUCAGAGCUGCUGCUGGUGUGACUAGUGUAGUUCACAUACAUCUUCACUCUAGUCGAGUGCCCUAUAGUAAAAUGCCUGUACAUUGGCUUUCUCCCUUUUCAGAACUGUUACUUGAUUCUGUGCAGCUGUGUAUGUUAAAAGUGAAAAUCAAGAUCGAAUAUUGGCAUUGAAAGAAAAAAAAAAUUAAAAACUUUAUUAUGCAGUUUACACAUCAUGGCAUCUUGACUUUUGCAAGCAUAUGUUGUCAUUGCAGCUUCACAACUGCUUUGCAUGUGAUGCAGAGCCUUUACAUGGAAAGUUACGUGACAAAGGUACCAUUUUCAUUUUCUCAAGCAGACAAGUGGUGCAAGGUGCCAAAAAAUGGUGUAUUGUCUGGUUUGCAAGUUUAUUAACAAAGCUGCCAAAUGCACAGAAAUUCCUUCUUUUAAUAUUUUAGACCUGUAUUUCGGAGAACAUACUGCAUUAGGAUGUGAGGGGAUUGUGAUGCUUCUAUGGAAGAAUGAACGGUCUAGUAACAUUCCUGUAAUUAUCAUGUUGAUGCUUGUUUGUGGUGUUGUUUGUGCCCUGUAUUAGACAUUCAGAGUUAAAUAAACAGUUUAACUAUGUUGCA